GGUGGACCGUCGCCUACACGUUCACGAUCCCAAGAUGGCGCUCAACUUGCGGAGGAGCGGGUUUCCUAUAUACAGUUCAUAGCUGUUGAUAGCUGCGUCGAGCAUCGAACGAUGAGCGACUACCGGACCGAUCUGCUUGCUUUUGCCGCUCCGAUCAGUGAAUCUUAAAGAUCGCGGUUUUGCGUCUCGAGGAAUGAAAAUGUGUGCCCGCGUGCAAUCGACCGUUCGGUUGGAGCCUGAAAUGAGUACGUGCCAGUGAUUCUUCGGUUAUGUCAGUGUGUUAAGUCAAAAUGGCAGCCACGUUAACAGUCGAGCAGGAGCAGGCAACAAAAGAAUUCAUAGAGGCCGUUAAUAAGUGUCGGGCUGGGAGACGAGCCGGCCCGGUGUCGUGGAGCACAGCUGUGAAAUUUUUGACCGCGAGAAAGUUCGAAGUCGCGAGGGCACUAGCCCUUUACGAACAGCACGAGGCCACCAGAAGAAGGGAAGGUCUCGCACUUUUGUAUCCCUCUCAGGAACCGUUGCUCAGUGAAUUACGCACAGGAAAAUUUACAGUUCUGCCUUCGCGGGACGCCACGGGAGCAGCCAUAGCUAUUUUCACAGCCCAUUUACAUCUUCCGCAAAAUACAACGCACCAGACAACGCUACAAGGCGUUGUGUAUCAAUUAGACGCGGCCCUAGAAAGUGUAGAGACUCAGAAGCAUGGUCUGGUUUUUAUUUAUGACAUGUCGGAUAGCAAAUACCAGAACUUUGACUAUGAUCUGUCUCAAAAGAUUCUCACCCUCCUAAAGGGUGGUUACCCAGCGAAAUUGAAAAAGGUUUUAAUCGUUACCGCGCCGUUGUGGUUCAAGGCGCCGUUCAAAAUUCUUCGAUUGUUCGUGCGCGAAAAAUUGAGGGACAGAGUGUUUACCGUAUCCAUUCCUCAGUUGACGUUGCAUAUUCCACGGGAAUCACUACCGCAUCGCUUGGGUGGCACGUUGGAGAUACAGCAUGAGGCAUGGCUGCUCCACUGUCUUAAAUCCAUGACAAACAGGGGCGGGGGUGAACUUUGCGAGGUUACCCCCAGAGUGGGUAGUCCUCUUUCGCCCACAUCGAAGAAUCACACGACGGUUCAUCAGAGUCCGAACGGAACUACAGUCAGUAGCUCAACUAGUCCUAUAAUCGAUAAGAACAAAGUGAAGAAUGGUAUCUCGAACAUCGGCGAUAUCGAGAUUACGAACGGCGACGCCUGGAUCGGUACCGACGAGGCGCCGUCCCCAGUUCAGCCUCCGUCCUCGGCCAGUUCGGGUUUCAGCGACGAUGACAGUCUUCACGGGGACCUCGGUCUCCAAGCCGUCAGCAUGGAGCAGCUCAUCGAGGAAAUUCAUGCGAGGGGCCGCGCGGGUCUCAUAGCCGAAUACGCGGAGAUCAGGCAAAGACCGCCGGAAGGUUCCUUCAAUAACGCAAAAUUGAAACCGAAUCAAUCGAAAAAUCGGUACACGGACGUGCUCUGCUACGAUCACAGUAGGGUGUGUCUGUCGAUAAUAGACGGAGAUGCAACGUCGGAUUAUAUAAAUGCGAAUUUCGUCGAUGGUUACAAACAGAAGAACGCAUUUAUCAGUACCCAAGGUCCUCUACCGAAAACUUGCGGAGACUUCUGGAGAAUGGUCUGGGAGCAACAGACGCUCGUCGUCGUUAUGACCACGAGAGUGGUGGAACGGGGGCGUACGAAGUGCGCGCAGUAUUGGGCACCGGAACCGGGUGAGAAGGUUCAACCGGGCAAUUUCACCGUCACCACUCUCGAGGUGGACACCAAUCCCGAUUAUACGAUAUCGAUGCUUCUCCUCACGAACAACAAGACUGACGAGUCAAGGGAAGUUUGUCACAUGCUGUACACCGCGUGGCCUGAUUACGGUGUUCCGCAGUCGGCCAGGGCUCUGUUACAGUUCUUAGCCUUAGUAAGACAACAACAAAAUAAGUUACUCGCUAGUAGAGGAGACACGUGGGCCGGUCAUCCACGGGGACCUCCUAUAGUCGUCCAUUGCAGUGCCGGGGUAGGAAGGACCGGUACGUUCUGCACGUUAGAUAUUUGCAUAUCGCGACUAGAGGACACCGGGACCGUGGACAUUCGGGGAACCGUGGAGAAGAUCCGCGCCCAGAGGGCCUACAGUAUUCAAAUGCCAGACCAAUACGUAUUCUGUCAUCGAGCCCUGGCGGAGUACGCGCUUUCCAGAGGGAUGCUCAGCCCCCAACAUCUCGCUAUGUUACCUCCGACCAUAGAACAAGAUUCUGAUUAGAAUCUUAAGCUCUGUUAUUACCUACUGGAUUGAUGUUCUUCCCGAGUACGCAUAAUAGCCUCCUUACAUAGCCUAUCUCUAGCUUAAGUAACUGAUGGUUAUUUUUUGCUAUCACCUCUCCAUCGAUGUAAUAUUUCAGAUUUCUACUCUUACGUUAGGCGAUAUACAUAUAUAUAUAUAUAUAUACACACACACAUAUAUAUAUAUAUAUUUAGAGAAUAUCGAAAGAAAGACUAGUUUUUUCAAGGCCAAAUGUGUGAACAGAAACGGGGUUCGAUUUCUGUUUCUUGGUAUUUUGCUCUAUGAACAAAGAAUGAUUCGAUACUAUGACAACUAAUAAUAAUACUAAUAAUAAUAAUGAACCGGUGCGGAGGCACCGAGCGUGGCUGUUCGAGUAGUAAUUAGCACGAAAUGAUGGCACAAUCGGAUCCGCCAACACUAUUUUAACCCUCUCAUAUAGAUAAAUUUUAUUGUAUAUCCAGAUCUGUUAUUGAAGUUAUUUAAAACGAGUAAUUUAUAGAACGCUUUACUUUGUGAACAUUCCAUUUGAAAACGAUUACUAUGUCAAUUAAAUUACUACAAGUGUAGUGGACCGCGUUAUACCAUAGGUUUAAAAUCAGUAUUUCCUUCUAUAAUCGUAUGCUUAAUUUAUUGCAAAUAAAUAUACACCCCCGUUUUUCCAAUUUUACUCAUUCUCUAGCUUCGCGUUUCUAUUAUACUUCGGUGAAACGUACUCCGCAAAGCGCGCUUCGGACACGCGAAGUGCGGAGCUUAAAUUGUUGGAUACAGAGUUAUAAGAAUGUAAUGUUAGAGAAUCUUUGUAUGAGAGGGUUAAACUGAAAACUAUCCAGAAUUCUAUCGACGAUCCAACUACGAGAAAUUUUAGAGGAUUUAGAGAAAUGUUAAAUUUUGCGAAAGAUCACAAACUACAGAAAAGCGUAACUUUUUCGAUAAUUAUCCGAGAGGUUUAAAAACGUAUGAAGAAUGUUUUCUGUUACAGAAACGCAGUAGAUAAUCAGAAUAUGUUCUUUUUUGGGGGAGGGGGUAACCAAAGAUUUAUCUCCUAUGCUAUUACGAAACAACAUUGCAAUCGCAUACAAGCCCAAUUGGUCGACAGAUUCCUUCGCUGAGGGAAUGCUAAUCAGGGAUCGUGUACAGAUUAAGAAUACUCCGAAUGUUUAGGAGGACGGUGUGAAAACUUUCAAGGAGAGAAUCUGGUUUGUCUCGAGAAUCAAACGUCUUCGUUUUAGCGAGGAUACAAUUUUUUAAGAUAUUAGCGAAGAUAUAUACGAAGCAAAUUCAAAGUAUGCUCUUCCAUAAAAGCCUUCGUGUAUUAUAUGAAAAUAAGAGAAGGGGAUAAUUGUGAUUUAUAUAAUUUAAGCUUUUAGGAAAGUGACGAUAUCAUUUUCGGAGCUUUAAACAUUUUCGUUUGUUGUCGACUGUCGGAGCAUGCGAGAUACGUACGUACUUUGGUUUUACGCGAAUCCAUAAACCAUUCGCCGAGAUACCAAUAGCUAUUUCAGUUUGUCGGCAGCUUUUUUAGAAACGUAGUUUUAUCGAUCGCAAACGCGGCGCGUCCAACGAUAGGAUAAAGAUACGCGAACAAAGUACGAGAGAUUGACGUCGGUAUGAUUUCGGAACUCUGUCGCGAAUACUGAUGCUUUUUUAAUAUGAAUUUUGAGUAUUCGUUCGAGAGACGCGAGUGAGAAUUUUUUUUAUCGCGGUGGAGCGAACCUGGUUGAAAGUUUGAAUGAGAGAGGCAACGAUAGGGGUUCCGCUCGAAUUAAAAUUAUAUUCGCAUACGUGUUUCAUCUCAUCGUCGGAGAGUCCUUGUAAAACAAUUUAAAUACCUUGAAUAUAAAUGUUCACAAGCGAAGAGUAAAUAUCGAGUCCAUGUCGUGAAAUUGUCCGAUUUAUAGCUACCGUUCUGUCUAACCGUCUAUUUGUUGAAUGUAUAUUAAAUAGUUGCGAGAAAAUCAUA